AUGCCUGCCAAGUCUUACAACUUUACCACAUAUACCGGCUUCUUCAAAUACGACAACGCCGAUGGCUCAUCCCUCCCCGCCGUAGCCGCCAACUUCGGUCUUCGUGAGAACACUACCUGGGCUGACCUCACACGCACCCUUUUCCAACUCAACCUUGAGGGCGCCCUUCACGAUGGCUCAUCCUACAAACUUCUCUUCGCAGGCCGCCAUGGUCAGGGAUACCACAAUGUAGCUGAAUCACAAUACGGGACUCCAGCAUGGGACGCUACCUGGUCCAAAAUCUUUACAGAUGGAAACAUCACUUGGGGUCCUGAUGCUCGUCUGACUCCACUCGGCAUUCAGCAGGCUCAAGCGGUUCAUGAUGCUUGGGUCUCGUUGUUGGAGCAACAAGAUCCCCCACCCCUGCCAACAAAGCUUUAUUCUUCCCCCCUCAGCCGAGCUAUUUCGACGAUGGAGAUUAGCUAUGAUAACAUUCUUAUGAACAACUCUAACAACACUGUGUCUAAGCCUGCUGGACAUGGCGGUAUCGAUGGUCUCUUCAAAGACAUUCUCGGCAAGAUCGGUGGUCCACGCAAAAUCUCUCCCGAGCUAAAGGAGCUCUUCAGGGAAGAGUACGGCGAACACACUUGCGAUCAACGUCGUACUCGUUCCGAAAUUCAAAAAGACUACCCCAACAUGCACUUUGAACCCGCUUUCACCGAGCAAGAUACCCUUUGGACAACCGAUCGUGAGCAGGUCUCCCAUCUGGAUGCUAGAAUUCAACAGGCUCUGACGCAGGUUUGGAACGAAGCCCCAACAGAACAGGUUAUUUCGUUGACAAGUCACUCGGGUGUCAUGCAGAGUCUGUUCAGGGUUGUGGGACACUAUGUGAUUAAGCCUCAGACUGGAACGUUGAUUCCGUUAAUCGUGAAGGCUACUCCUUUGAAGCAGACACAUGACGUUGUAGCUCUGUAG